GCGCUGCAGCAUGAAGCCGGUUUGAAAGAGAAAGAGAGGCUACGGUGAACAGAGGAGGACAAGAGCUUACAGGUUUCGAAGCACAGGGGAGUUGAAGGAAAAGACAGACCAUGUCUACAAACACAGGUGAAGAACAUGCAGUUCUUCUCACCUUCUCUAAACUGGGACUGGAGACAUAUUAUCCCAACAAGCUCACUCUUCGGUCUCUAUUGGAGAUCAACAAAAACAGCAUAAAUGAAGAAGCUGCCAUAUCAGUACAGGAUAUACCUUGGUGCUUUCUCAGAAAACUAUUUAAAAUGAAUGCAGAAUGCAGGGGCUGUACACAAGUAUCAAACAGUGAAGAUAAUGAAGACAGCAGCGAUCCAUUGGAACUAGACCUUUACACUGCAGAUGGAUCUGCAGACAAUGAGGUUAACCCUCUCGACCUCAUAACAGCACUCUUCCUUUGUGCUGACAGCUUCUUGCAACAGGAAAUGGCCCUGAAGAUGUCAAUGUGCCAGUUUGCUGUCCCACUGCUGAUGCCCCAUGUCAAUAACAGUCAGAGUACCCUGAUGCUGUGGGCUCUGAGGGACAUUGUCAAAGAGUGGUGUCCACACAAUUUGUCUGACUCAAGAGACUUUGUUGAAAACAGCAUCGUCCAAGCAAAGAUACCAUUCUAUUCCUUUGUGAGGCUCAACAACUGUAGUUUGUCCAAGUCCCAGAUUUUGAAUCAAGUACUCAGCCUUGGCCAGCAGAAUCACAAUAUCUUCAUACACAGAGACAUGAAAGGAGGAGCAAUUAAAAGACACAUUUCCAAUGGCUUGGCAGAGGUGUGCUGGUACCUUCCCAGAGGCAGAGAACAUCUUGAAAUAUUUCCAGAUCCAAUUGCAUUCGCCAAUCUGAGAGGAAACGUUUCUGAGUCACUUGCUCAAUUCACUUUUCUUUUUCAAGUGUCAACGGCUAUCUUCGUGUUCCUGGACAAAAUUGAAAAAGAGGAGCAUGAGAUUCUUACGUCUCUUCAAGAUGCGAAAUCCAAACUGUUCUUGGUUGUUAACCGCAAGGAUGGAAGUGCUAAAGAGGAUAUGGAGUCCGUCAGGAAAACAGUGAAAGAAUUAGAUUUGCCAAACAGCAGUGUGAAAGUGAAAGACCCAAGAGUAAAUUCUGUAGGGUUUUCAGAGAAACUUUCUGCAGCCAUUAACAAGAUAACAGUUGGGACACCCACAAUGAGCAUUGAAAAUAUGCUUCACAAAGCUGUUGAUUUCGGUCUGUCUGUGGAUGAAUGCACAAGUAAUGACCAAAAUAAAGCAUCAGAGAAGAUUGUUAAAGGAAUUGGGGUGAGGAAGAUACAACACUACAAGAGCAAACAGCUUCCUCUGCAAGGCGCUGACUGGAAAAAGUUAUCACAGUUAGAGAAAGAGGAAUGUAGGUUAAAGAGGCCUGAUAACUUAGCACCGGAAGAACAUCAAUCUCAACUACAGGAACAAAAACAACAAAUCAAGGACAAGCUUGGCAAACAGAAACUAUCUGAUGAUAUGAAGACUUUCAUUAAACAGUUACCUAAAAAUGACAGCAAGAGCAGAGAUUUUUUCCUUAAGUGGAUGAAACUCAAACUGGAUGCACAUUCGCGGGAUCAACUAUCUUCACUCCGCCACCAAUGGACAAAAGAAAGCAACAAAAAGAACAAAGAUGUGAAAGAGAUUGCAAAGCUGGAUCAGGAGUUGCUGGAAAGCUCAUUAGGGAUAGAGCAUUACAUGAGAGAGAUGGGACUGAUCUAUGAGUUUUCAUUGCAGUCACAAAACCCUGCUGAGGAAAUACCUCGUCUCCCAGGUUUGGCAGCUGAACUGCUGUUGGAUGGAUAUCCUUUAGAGCUCUUGGAUGGAGAUGCUUCCAACAUCCCAGAGAACUGGGUGAGAGAUGUACUAAUGGAGCUACACAGGAAGGUUGGAGAGAAGAGCAGACUGUUGGUACUGACUGUGCUGGGUGUGCAGAGUACCGGGAAGUCAACACUCCUCAACACCAUGUUCGGUGUGCAGUUUGCAGUCAGCAGCGGCAGGUGCACAAGAGGAGCUUAUAUGCUCUUCCUCAAAGUAGGAGAUGAUAUGCAACACCAGCUGAACUGUGACUUCAUAGUUCUCAUUGACACAGAGGGCCUCAAAUCUCCUCAUUUGGCCCAACUAGAGGACAGUUAUGAGCAUGACAACCAGCUGGCAACCUUUGUCAUUGGUUUAAGUGAUGUCACCAUUAUCAAUGUCGCAUCGGAGAACUCCACAGAAAUGAAAGAUAUCCUGCAAAUUGCAAUCCAUGCAUUCCUGAGAAUGAAGCAAAUUGGAAAAAAGCCAAUUUGUCAUUUUGUGCACCAGAAUGUUGCCGGAGUCUCUGCGCAUGCAAGGACCUUGGUGGAGAGACAACUGCUCUUGGACCAACUCAAUGAAAUGACUAAAAUUGCUGCUGAAAUGGAAAAGCAGCCCUCUAUAAAGAGAUUUACAGAUGUGCUGGACUAUGACAUAAAAGAAAACAACUGGAACAUCCCCGGACUCUGGCAUGGGACUCCACCAAUGGCACCAGUGAACACAGGUUACAGUGAAGCUGUAGCAGAUUUCAAGAAAAACCUCUUGGAGACAGUGAAAAAAGGCAAAACCGAUGAUGUGUCACAGAUUCCGGAGUUUCUAGAAUGGGUAAGAAGUCUCUGGAAAGCAGUCAAAUAUGAGAACUUCAUCUUCAGUUUCAGAAACACUCUAGUGGCUCAUGCUUAUGACAACCUUUGCAAGGAGUUCAAUCAAUGGGAAUGGGAGUUCAAAAAAGAGUUAAUCUCUUGGCAGGAUGGGGCAAAGUUAGAGAUCUUAAAUUCUGACAAUGAAACUCAUGAGGACACUUUGAAGACAAUGGUUGCCUCAAAGAAAUCACAGUUGUUCACCAAAAUAGAAGGUGGUCAAAAAGAAAUGAGGAAGAAACUUGAUGGAUACUACCAAAGGAAAGACAUACAUGUGACUCUGGUAGAGAAAUAUAAAAUUGACUUUACCAACCGUAUCACAAAUCUUAAAGACGAAUUCCAACAUUUAGUAAACAAUGCACUGGAUUGUGCGCUUGAAGAAAAAAAAAGUUCAAAGGAGGCUCAGGACAUUCAAAGCCAACACAGAGAAAUGAUAGAAAAAGAAGUAAUGAAUCUCUUGAGUGAUCGCAAACACCGCACACUGUCUGAAGAACAGUUGCAACGUGACUUCCAACAGAUGUGGACAAAAGUCACAGAAAAAGUGUCUGGACUGAAAGAACUAAACAUUUCUGACAAAGUCCUUGAACAGUUGAGGAUACAUUUCUCAAAUCGUAACUUCAACGAGGAAUUACAGAACAUUAGAGACCUAAAAGACAUUGGGAAGGGUUCCUUUGAGGUCAAAUCUGAACAUGUAAAAACAGGUUGGAGUGGUCUUAAAUUCUGGGAAAAAGAUGAUUUAAAGAGAGAGUUGCAGAGUUGUGCCGACACUGUCAUUGAGUCUUGCACACGGUCUGUACGUGGUAAAGCACAAACUGACGCAGACUACCAUGACUCUUUUACAAAGGAUCUUUUGGAAAAAGUAGAUGAUUAUCUUAAAGGAAAAACUUUCCAGCCCAAGUUUGAGUUUGACCUGAAGCUUCACAUUUGUGGCAUUGCCUCAAGAGAGUUUCUUCAAAUGCACAGAAAUUUCUUGUCGAGAAGGGAUCCCAGAAUCCAGCUGGAGAAGUACAAGCCUCAGUACUUGUUGGAUUUUAUCGAUCUAUACAAAAACAGAGAUGAUUGCCAACGCAAAGCAAAUGAUUUUGUCAGACGUUGUAUCAAACCUGCUGUUGAAGAGUACAUCAGCAGACAUCUGGGAACUAACAUUGUGGAUACAAUUUUGGCAGGCCGCCAUUCAGCAGAGUACAGUUCCCGCAACUUUUUCCAGUACAACAUUCAGAAAGAGUUGCUGCAAAAGGAAGACUUUCAGAGUUUUGUCAAGUUCAUUUGUAACUAUGAAAUAUAUGUGAAGAAUCUGAUAUUUCAGCACAUCUUGGAUGAAAUGUCAGAGGACAAAGCUUUAUGCAAACUGAAAAGUCAGAAUCUUCAAGUCAUAGUUAAAAAAAUAACAGAUGCAACUGAAAGGGCUUCAAAAGGGGAGGAUGGUGUGCUGCUGCCAGAUAACAAGGAAAGCAUCACAGUGCUCAUCAAAAACAUACGGACAUUUCUGACCAAAGAUAUCUCGCUUUCAGAAGAGGCUGAAAAAACCGCCCUGUUUCAAAUCCAAAGCACAUGCCAUCCAUUUAUAAAGAGCCUCAUGAAAUCAUUGAGAGAAAUGGAUGAACAGCUGCAGGAGGAGUUCUCAAAGUCUGAAGACAUCACUGAGACCGUGAACAAACUUCCAACCAAACCACAGGAUGAGCUUUUCAAUCGGGUGUUUGGUUGUGGACAACAAUGUCCAUUUUGUAAAGUUCCUUGUGAAGCCGGAGGCAAAAAACAUAUCAAACAUCAUGCAGCUGUUCAUCGGCCACAAGGUCUCGGUAGAUACAGGAUUAAAGACACUCAGAAGCUGACGGAAACAAUGUGCACAACUGAUGUUCACAGUGAAGCUAAAUUCAGUUGCGCAGACACUAAUGGAGAGUGGCAUCCAUAUAAGGAGUAUAGCACAAUCUACCCAGACUGGCUCAUUCCUCCAGACUACACCAGGGAGGCAUCUGACUACUGGAAGUAUGUCCUGGUUAAAUACAAUGACAGUUUUGCCCAAGAAUACAACGCCAAGCCAGCUGAUGUUCCAGGAGCAUGGAGGAACAUCACAAAGGAACAAGCACUGAAAGGCCUGAAGGAAGCCUUCAACAUUAAAUGAACAACAAACAUCCAGACAAACAUGAGUUUAACAAAACACUGUUUAAACAUGGGAGGAUUGUUCAUAUCCAAAUGUAGGGAGAAAGCGAAAAAGAAUCAGGAACUGAAAAUGCCAGAACAAAAAUACCAAACAGAUGAACAAUCUUUUAAAAUGGUAGUUCAAUGCACCAUGAUGUUUACCGGCAUCCUUCAGUCUGGUGAACACCAUGAUUGAUAGAUAUGUGAGGAGUUUUUUUAAUCUUUUUAAGAAUACAAAUGUUUUAUUUUCCUUUAUCAAUCUUCUUUCAGACCUCAUGCACAAUGACUGGUAUGCACGAUGAUGUUGUUGAAAAAAAGAGGAACGAUUCUUUAAAUCUUUAUUGAUUCGUUUUCUUCUAUUUUCAACAUAUUGUAUUCCUCUGGGUGUAAAAACUGGCUUAAAAAAAAAUAUGAUUCUGAAAAAGAUGUACGUCAUACUCUACUACAUUUAUUUCAUUGAACUCUAUAAAACAUUGUGCAUUAUAACUGGUGUGCACAGCAAAGUUGAUGUCAAUGAUAAAGAUGGUUUAGUACAAAGACCAUGCUGGAAACAAAGAGAUGUUUCGUGAUGUCUGCGUGAGUCAUGAAUUGCUUCACAUUUGACCUUUCAAAGAACAUGUUUUUCAGAGGAAAACCAGAAGGAAAAAACGAUGUGAAUUGAUAACAGUCUGGAAUAACCCAAAACCGUACAAAUGACUUGCUUUAUUUUUUUAAACUUUUAAAUAUUUACUUUGUUUUUAAACAAUCCUUGUGUGCAUGCAAUGAUGAUGUCUAAAGACCAUGUGAUGACAUCAUGUUUGUUUUGUUUUUAAUACUUAUUAUUACAUACUCAACUGUUUUAAUGUUUUAGUUUUAUUAUUCAACAUUCAUUGUAGGAUAUAGACUUUGUGUGCUUGGAGAGUUCAUAAGCCAGCCUCAGUUGAAGUACUGUUGCUGCAUGUUGGUGACGCUUUGCUUCAUGAGCAAAUACUGUGGCAUCCUUUCACAUCUUGUUGUUGAUGAACUUUGAUUUUCCUUAUUUUAGACAGAUAAUGAUGUGAUGAACAAUGAGAAAGAAGGACUGUUUCUUUGCUCUGAUUUUAUUUCUUGGAGUUUCGUUUUUUGAGGAUUGCAGCUCAGUCCAUAAUGACUAAUGCUAAAGAGAAGAAGCUGAUGUUGCUGAUGAUGUUAAAAUACAAGAACAGAGAAACAGAUGUUGUCUAAUAUGUCAUCACUAUUUUUUCUCUGUUAUAGUUUCCUGCAAGACAUUUUUAUCUUUUCAUUUAUAUUAUUACUUUAAAAUAUUAUUUUAUUCAUUUUAAUAAUGUUUUUUGAAAAACGAACAAAAGGCUGAGUGUUCAAAAUGAUGUUGUGGGUCUGUGUAGUACAAAGACCAUGUGAUGAGGUCAUGUUUUACUUACUAUUAUUAUUCUUACUUGGUUUUACUUAACUAUUGAGUCCAUUGUGACUAGUGAUGUCAUCACUUAGUGUUUUACUUCUUAUAAGUAUUUGUAAAACAUUGUGUAUCUGUUGAUUCAUAUUUGUUCUUCUUUGACAUUUUUUAUUUCUUGUUUAGAAUAUUUUUGACGGAAUAACACAAUGCCAUGUUAUUCCUAUCCUUUGUUGUGAGCUUAAGUUCAAACACCAAACAGAUGUUUUCUAACACAGCAUCAAUGGUCUAUUAUCUUUUUACCGUUUUACUUUUUUAAGUUGCAUGCAAAACAUUUGUGAUGAGUAUCUGUCAAAGUCAGAGAAAACAAAAAGAAAAAGAUAUUCAUAUUUUCAGAAAGAAUCACAAGUUAAUCCAGCUCAAAGAAAGUUGAAAGAUAAAACUCAUAUUUGUUAACAUUUAUGUCCUUUUUGUUGUUAGAUGUUACCAAGGAUGAAGAUAUACAGUAUGUUCAAAGAUCAGAUGACAUGUAAACGUUUUGAAGCAAAUAUAAGAAUAAAAGAUUGUGCUUGAA